AUGCCCAUAUGGAAGCAAAUUGCUAUUGUUUUAUGCCAUUUUGCAAAUGAAGUAGCAUUGUUGGAUUUGGAGCAGAAAAGAAUAAAGUGGCUACAAGGUGCACAACUUACAAUAGUUAUUCAAGAAUUUGAAUAUGGAAUAAGUGGUUUAGAGCAUAACUUACCUAAUGUCAUCAGUGCAAUGGAUGGAUUGCAUAUACUUAUUCAUCCUCUUAUUAAAAACAGAAGUGUUCAUGAUGCAUGUAUGUUUUAUUGGUUAUCUCUUUAUUAUGAAAUUUCUUACAAUCAUGAACAAUGGGUACCAGGUGGUUCAUAUAUUAUUACUAAUUCUGCAUAUCCUCUUAAAACAUAUUUAAUAAAACCGUUUCCUGAUCAUAAUGCAUUAACUAGUCAUGAACGACGAUUCAACAAAAAACUUUUUUCAAUAAGAAUGAUUAUUGAAAGAGCAUUUGGAUAUUUAAAAGGAAG